CUCCUGCCUGCUGGGAAAGCCAUAAAACACCUCGCCGAGGCGCGCAGCCCCACACUGGAGAGCUCGUCCACUCGCCCAGGCAGCGGCUGCAGAAGACUCCGGAGUCGCGGGACAAGCGCGUGCCUCAGCGGCACCGAAGAUGCAGGGGACCAUGAGACUGUGGCUGUCUGUCAUGACGCUUGCCCUCUGCCUGCUGAUCUGUCUGGGGACUCUGGCAGAAGCGUAUCCAUCCAAACCGGACAGUCCUGGCGAGGAUGCACCUGCAGAAGACAUGGCCAGAUACUACUCAGCACUGAGGCAUUACAUCAACCUCAUCACACGGCAGAGGUAUGGAAAGCGAUCCAGCCCAGAGACACUGAUCUCCGAUCUUUUGUUGCGGGAAAGCACAGAAAAUAUUCCUAGAUCUAGGUAUGAAGAUCCUGCAAUGUGGUGAUGGAAAUAACAGCCUGUCUUCAAUCUUUCCCCUAGUUUUCAGUCCAUGUUCCAUUGCUAGAAGACCAGCCAGUUUCACCCCCAGUGCAUGCAACCAUUGUACUGAAUUCUGUAGAGUUUUCCCUGCAUUAUCCUUGUACAUACAUUUAUUUAAAUAAAUUACUUGUGCACUCCAAAUGGUAACAUUUUACAUGAGAGAGAGGCC